AUGCCUCCUCCGAGAGCCUCACUCAAGAGCUUCCUCGCCUCGGCCAGGGCCGCCCCCACGGCGCCCGCGAGUCAGCGUACCGCACCCCUGACCGUGGUUGUCGGCAACGAGUCCGCAGACCUUGAUUCGCUCUGCUGCGCCAUCGUCUACGCCUAUAUCCGCUCACACUCACCACCGCACAGCCUCCAUGUCCCGCUGUCCAACCUGCCCCGCGCGGACCUCGGCCUGCGCACCGAGAUGACUGCCGUCCUGCGCCGCGCCGGCCUGGCCCCCUCGGAUCUCCUGACCCUGUCCGAGUUUCCCCUCCCGUCGCCCGGCGGCACACCGUCUGCCACCAGCUCCGGGGCCGGUGGCGGUGUUGCUGCUCCUGGUUCUGCUGGCCCUGAUAGUGGGCUCGCGCCCGAGGACACGCGGUGGGUGCUCGUCGACCACAACGCCAUCACGGGCCCGCUCAAGGCCGCGGGCUACGCCGCCCGUGUCGUGGGCUGCGUGGAUCACCACGUAGAGGAGCACCAGGUCCCACAGGAUGCCGCGCCGCGUGUCGUCGAGCCAUGCGGCAGCUGCAUGAGCCUCGUGGUCGACGAGUGCCGCGCCGCGUGGGAUGAGCUCAGCCAGCGGGAUAGCCGUGGGGACGACGACCUCGUCAGGCUGGGCCUCGCCGCUAUCCUCCUCGACACGGUAAACCUCACGGCCGAGGCAAAGGUCAAGGACAAGGACGUCCGUGCGGUCAAGUACCUCGAGUCCAAGGCGCAGGACGAGUCCUUCAGCAGGGACAAGUACUUUGAAGACAUUUCCGCCGUCAAGGAGGACAUUUCCGGCCUGUCGUUCCGCGACAUUUUCCGCAAGGACUACAAGGAGUGGGAGGACGGCGGCUUGACGCUCGGCGUGAGCUGCGUCGUGCAGGACUUUAGCUACCUCCUCGACAGGGCAGACGGCAGCGCCGACACCCUCCUAGAGCACCUGUCGUCCUGGGCCAAGGAGCGCAACCUCGACGUCGCCGCCGUCAUGACCACGUCCCACCCAGACGGCGAGUUCCAGCGGCACCUGCUCGUCUGGGGUGUCAACCCGCGAGGCUCCGCCGCCGCGAGCAGGUUCGCAGACAUCGCCGGGGACAAGCUCGGGCUCAACCAGUGGCAGGGCGGUGAGCUGGACGCUGCUGUCGUCGACGCCGCCGCCGAUGGCGCCGCGGGAGAGGCUAGUGCUGGUGGUCGCGGGCAGAAUACGAGGUUCGCGUGGAGACAGCACGACCUCGCGGCGAGUAGGAAGCAGGUCGCGCCGCUGCUGCGCGAGGCCAUGCGCAUGGGGUGA